GAUAUACACUUGGCAAAUCAGAUUUUCAAGAUCUAACAAAAAAUUCAAGAAAACGAGGAAAUGAAGACCGAUAAAUAUGAAGACUCAGAAGUGUUGCACUCACUGUUCGGGAAAAUUAACCAGUUGGGAAAACGAGUCCCACGCAUGUUGCCAGCCACGAUACGUUUCGGGAAAUUUAAGAAUAUCUUCAUUGAACAAGAAUGUGUUAAACGCUUCCAGAAAAAGAUGCGUUAAGGAAGAUCUUCCAGAACCACUGCCAGAGAACCGAUUAGCCUGUUACGAUCAAUUUGCUAUAGCGAAGAAGCUUCAUGCAGAGAAUUUGGAACACCAACCCCUUCCUGAUAAAGUCAACGACUCCGUUUUCAAAGAUGUAAAACCAGAAGAAUGUUGUAAUGGAAUCUCGUCGAAGAAAUGCUGUAAAUGUUGUAAGCAUGAAAUCGAAGAUCGUUUCAUGAGCUUGACUAAGCAUUAUGGACCAGUUUUAGGCUGCAAGGAGCCCAAGACGAAGAUGGAUCUAGCUAUUUGUUGGGAAACUCCAAUAAAUCCAGUUUAUGAACCACCUAGAUCUACUCAUAUCGAUGGCUCAGAAGGUGGACUCGCGCCAGCUAUAUUUUCUCUUGUCCAACAUACUUCUAGACCCACCGCUCAUUCUAGAAUUUCGAGAAACGAAAAAGGUUGUACUUGCUGUCGAUAUCAUUGUAAAGUAGAGGGAGAUUCAAAUUGCUCAAAAAACGGAAAUAAAAAAGGGGAUUAUAAAAGUGUGAAAUACUGCAGUGAUAGUCUUUGUAAUGACUUGAACGGAAUAAAAAUUUCAAAGCAGGUUCAAGUUGAUGAACGACCAACAGCAGGAUAUUUCAGGAAGUGCAUUGCCUGCAAAGACCAGACUAGAAAUACACGUGAAGAUCCUAGAUUGAUUAAAUCAGCCGUCGGAUUGGCAUUGGGUACAGAUAAGGCUGAAAAUAAUCAACAAAAAUGCGGAAGCAAGACAGCGGUAUCGAAACUAAAAACGCCUUUUGUUAGAAAGUCCUCUUGUAUCGAUACUUUAGCUUCUCCAUUUAGUGUUGUUAAUGGAUGUAGAGACGCCGAUUUUCCAGAACAUUGGAGACUCAUGUCAGUUUAUCAACAGUCAUAUAGGAAUCCGUACAGACGAAAAAUUUAUCGUUGUUAAUUUGUAUAAGAUGAAUUAUGACAAAUUUUCUAUUUUAUUCUGUUAAAAAAAUGAGAAUCUUUAUGUUACGUGAAGUAUUUAAAAAUAUAUGUAAUAAAUUAAAAUGAAAAUUGAAAGUAAAAUUUAAACAUAUCAAUGUGGA